CAGGACAUUUAUAUAUUCUGUUUCCGGUUCUGUUCAAAUACAGUUUGUGCUGUCUGCUCCGAUUAUUCAUUAAAAAUAGUAAAACAAAAACGAAAGACAGGAGGGGGAGACUGACGCCUUCGUGUUUAGUCAUUCAGAGCGUCACUGUAGCCUGGGAAUAAAGCCUCUGAAAAGCGGAGGAGGAAGACGGCGGCUCCGACGGCUGUUACCAGAAGCAGCCCGCGGAGGCAACCAGCGGAAAGCCCGCAGCUUCAUGAUGGAGCAGCGGCGUGUUUAACAGAAGCAUUUCCGCGUCUCUUUCUACGACCUCCAGCUGUUUAGGAUGUCUUUCAUCGUUGUGUUGACGCUGCUUACCGUGUGCUCCCUGCAGGUGGACUGUUGCCCAGACUGCCAGGAGGUUAACCAAACUGGAGUUGCUGAGGGACGGUGUCCUUUAAACCUGAUCUCCACAGCACUAAAAGAGAAGGAGAAAGGAUAUUCUGAAAGGAUAACUCUCCAGGUUUGGAUGAAAAAUAAGGACUUUCAUCAGUCACCGCAGAUUGAAAUAUACAGAGAACAUAAAGAGGUUUUCUUGCCUAUCCGGAAAUGCAAAAGAAAGAGUGAGUGUGAAAACAUCAGGUGUUGCAAGCAUCCAAAAAAACAUUACCUGCUGGAGUAUGACUUCAAGGCUGAAGCUAGAAAGAAUGUUUCUGUGUCGUACAUCUCAAAAUCGACAAACUGCAGUGUUUAUUACCUUGUACCAGAUCCUCGACCAGACUACACCCUGUCUGUGAAUAAGUCAUCCAAAACCAUUUCAGUCAAAGUGGAUUCUGGAGACCUGGUGUAUGUCAGAUGGUGUUAUGAAAAGAAAUCUGGUCACUGCAGUGGGGGACAUCCACAAACAACUCAUCGCUCAGCUGUUCUCAGCAUUCCCCACCUGCUGCCCUGUGUGUGUGUAGAGAUGUAUUACACCUACGCUGAUGCCUCAAGACAUAAAAAGUGCCCAUUUCGAAAUGAAAGCCUUUUUGACAUCAGAGAUAUUCUGCAGACCUCUGAAGUGCAAGUGUUUGGGUCCCACUUGUUGUGGAGAUCAGAGUGUCCUGCCUGCACAAAGAACAUCUCUGCUGCCCUCUGCUGGAAGAUGAACAAUCACGCCUGCAUACCUGUUCCCAACUCGACUCUGGAGAAGGAAAAUAAAGAACCCCUGAAAUUCAAAACAUCCACAAUAGACAAACACCCACAGCUAUGUGUGCAGUUUUUCAUUCAAGACAGCCACAAUAUCUCUUGCCUCUUCCAGGCAGAUGAACCUUCUUGGGAGACAUAUGUCACACCAGACAGACAGAGCAUGUCGGUGCAUAUUACCUCAACUUUGCCUGCAAAGUUCUCAGCUCAACUCUGUGUCCUUACUGAGUCAGGAUGUGUGCCCAGGGGGCAAAUACACUCUGAAACAAUGGCUACCAAUCAGAGGAUGAAUGUGCCCAUUCUGGACAUUACAGAGAGGCCAUGUGUGCAGGUGUGGCAGUCGGAUCCGGCUCUUAUUGGGAGAAGAAUCCUAUGCCCAGACUACACACACAACAGGUGGGGCGUAUAUGCCGUUGGAGUUUUCAUAAUUGUAGUCACUGGGAUGUUACUUGGAGUUUUUAUCCAACGUGCCACAAAAAGUGGAAUGGCAGGAUGGCUGACUAUUAAGAGGCCACUGCUGCUGGUCUGUUCGUCGGAUCAGUCGACCCACAUCUCCGCCGUGUGCACCUUAGGCUCGAUACUGCAGGAGAAACUUGGUGCAUCAGUGCACACUGCUCUUUGGGCCCAAACCUCGCAGACCCAGGCCGGGAAUGGGGCUAGCGUAGCAGAUCUAGGUCCGCUCCCUUGGCUCUAUGGGCAGUGGGAAGCUAUCCGUAAGGCAGAGGGGAAAAUACUGAUUGUCUGGAGUCCUGAAGCUAAAAGGACUUGUCAGAGAUGGAUAGUCGAGAGGGUGAAUAUGGAUAAUAGUUGGAGACCUGACAAAAUAAGAGCAUCAAUGCAUGAUUAUUUAAAACUUAAUGGAUGGAGGCUGGGUAAAAAUAAAAAAGAGAAAUGUCGAGAAAACGAAAGUUUUGAAGAUGAAAACUCACAAAAGGAGCCUUCUACAGUAAUAGAGCCUGUGUUUGUGGCUGCUCUGGCCUCUUUAGAAGGGGCUCUGCAAGAAGGCAAAGGCAAAGAUGUUGCUAUUGUCUACUUCCAGGGCCUCUGCCACAACAGAGACAUCCCGCAGGCCUACAGAGGGGUCCCUCGCUACUGUGUACCACAAGAAUUCAGCGGACUCAUACAGGAGCUGGCAGAGGUGAGAGGAGGGACUAAAAGCGGCGAGUUCAGAUGGCACUGCUGGCCCAGACUCCUGACUAAAGUUCUGUCUGUAUGGUUGGCUCGCCAGCUGACCAAGAGGCUACAAACAGUUCUACCUCAGACACGAGCACAGUGUGUCUCGUCAUCUGCAAAAACACCAUCAGAUCAGACACAUAGCAGACGGACACUGUCUCUCGCUAGCAUGCCCAGCAACAGACAGGAGCAGGAGUUUCUGAACAUGUCGCCAUGGGGAGAGGGGGAGCAUUGAUCUCAAGUUUCACAUACUAGACACUUGUCCUGUGGGAAGCAUGAUAUUUAAGACUUUGGGAGGUGGCAUGUCACUGUUGAGCACCUCAGGGGUGACUUGCUGGAACUAUUCAUUGGUUGCUCCCGCUUGUUUUGCAUAUUAAGUAGAGCUAAAGACUCCUGUCCACUGGAUUUUAACACUCAAAAACAGAAGCUGCUUUAUGCUAAUGUCUCGUGACAGAGGCUGUAGCGAACACCUGCCUUAUCUCUGCAAAUAUGCUAACCACUAUGAAAAUUGGCUUGCAAAUUAUUACUUCACUUUCUUCGUGUGCUCGCUUGCUUGUUGUGAAAGUGUAGGGGACAAACUGCUGUUUGCAGUGGCGCACACAUUUGCAUAGGGUUUUCUAAUCACACGCACAGAACCAAAGCAGUCAAGAUUUCCGUUGUUAGAGCACAGCAUGUCGAAAGAUGAAGAUGGCUGACAUAUUUGCAAGUUAACUGGACGCACGCUUUGAAUGUUUUCAUGUUAUGACCCUGCAAGGUCUGCAAACAAUGUUUGCUUUUAGCUAUUCUUAUUAUGAUGCAGACAUACUACCUCCUACAUUCAAAUUCAAGGCAAUGCAGCACAUUUACUAAACUUUAUUUAGAUAAUUUUACUCCAGCAAUCAUUUGAAAAGAGGCAAAAUCCCGUAUGUGUCUUAUUUCAACAUAAGCUGUGACCUCAAAAAUCUCAGAGCAUUAGAGCAAGAAAAGCAAGACAAAGGGACUUUCCCAUGCAUUCCCAACUUUUACUCCUGAGUCAACGGUCAACUUUAUGCAAAGCAACUUUAAACUGUAAACUUACACCUCACCAGGAUUACCUCACAAAUGUAAUUGCCACCUUAGGAAAUGUUUGUGCAGCUCUUUUAUGUGUUUUCUUGCUACUUCAGUAAAGAGUAUUUAGUGUUACCUUAGCAUUGUUGGCAUUAUAAAACUGUGAAUGCAGAAUAAUAAAAUGCUUUUGAUGGAAAA